UUCGACUUUCUUGAGCAGUCCUCACGUCGGCGCUCAUGUCGACAAAUAUAAUCUUGAGCAACUACCCUAGAAUAUCCAGUUGAACUUGUAAUUUUUACAGUAAGUAGUGUAUAAAUUCAAAUAAUGCUUGCAAAUGUAACUUGCUCUUUUUGAAAUCGUCAUUAUAAGUCGAAUGUAUAUCAUGAAAUUGACGACGUGGAAAAAUGAUAAAUGUACAUUUUAGUACUAAGUGUGUUUUUCUAUUUCUUCAGCUGGUCUUUUUUACAAGUGCUCCGACGUUCCUUUGUGCUUUCUCACAUAAACAAAAAUAAUAAAACGUGCGCAAAAAUAAUAAUACUUGCGAGUGUAAAAAGUAUCAAGGCCGAAAAUGCAAGGAAGUUCCAAUGUAUUUUUGUUUGUCAGAUGAUGACAAAGCAACAUCGGACUCACGCUGCAACUACAAAAACAGUUAAUGACUUAUGGUGUUAUCAAUGCAAUACUCUCGACGAUGGCGAUAGCUGCACUAAUCUCACUGAUCCUAAUGGCAAUUAUACAAACUUUAGAUAUAAAUGCGAAGAUGAAAAUAGAAUCUGCAUGGUAAAACAGCAUACUUACAACUAUACUACUAAUAGCACUAAAACUCCUGUGUCAAAAUUAUGGUACAUAGAAAGAAAUUGCACAAGCAAAUGUGAACCGGAUUGCAUCGUGAUCGGUGAACGCAGUAAAAUUAUCUCCUGUACAAUUUGCUGCGAUGCAAAUUUCUGCAACAACGGUACUAGUACAGCCCAUGAGAUGCCAUUAAAAUGGAAAAAGGAACAGAGAAUCUUGUUAAUACUAGCUAUCAUAUUCAAUAUUUUAUUUUUAACAUAAUAUGUUGAUAUUUGUUAUACUUUGUUUCAUAUAUGUAUAAAAAAAAGUGGAAUAAAAAACAUUAAUCUAAUUGAGUGAGUGUAAGUUGCUUCAAAAUUUUAAAAAUCAGUGAAGAAUAGAGGCCGAUAAAAAGCACGAAACAUAAUGGUUGUAACAAUUUAUUAUUAUUCACGA